CACUUGAAUCUAACGCAGUAAGAAUGAAUGUGGUAAUUCGGCUGCCUGGCGCAGUAAUGGCUGGCCCUGGCACAGUCACAGAGUGGGAGUGGGAGUGGAUGUGGGUGUGUAAUUUAUUCUCCAACAGGGAAUAAGCGGUCACUAGAGGGAGUUUCUUCUAGCUAUUUUUCUUACACAACCAGCUUUUCUGUGUUGGUAUAAAGCAGCUGCUGUCAUUCAACACUCUCACAAUAGCAGAAUCUGCUCUCAGACAUGUUAACCUCUGCAUCCCUGCACUGCUGGCCUACUCUAGGCAGGAGAAGGGUCUUCUUCCUGCUGCAGACAUGCAGGGUGACUGGGACACAGACCAGGACCAUAGCAGGGGCUGCAGCGGGGGUAGCAGAGGGGGACAAGAGAUUAAAAACCUUUGAAGAUCUGCCUGGCCCCUCUGUGCUGCAGAGCAUAUACUGGGUCCUGCUGAGAGGAUACAUUCUACACUCACAUGAGUUACAAAUCAUCUUCAAGGAGAAAUAUGGACCGAUGUGGAAAUCGUCGUUUGGACAAUAUCAAGUGGUUAAUGUUGCAGACGUGAACUUGGUAGAAACUGUCCUCAGGCAGGAGGGGAAAUACCCGAUGAGGUGUGACAUGGUUCUAUGGAAAGUACAUCGUCAUAUGAGGGAUCUGGCCUAUGGUCCAUUGACAGAGGAAGGCCACCGCUGGCACAGGCUGCGGACUGUGCUGAAUAAGAGAAUGUUGCUGCCCCAGGAGGUGGUGUUGUACACUGGAUCACUCAAUGAAGUGGUUACAGACUUUCUGCUCAGACUGGAUGAGAUGAGAAAGGAAUCUCCUUCAGGAGUUAUGGUCAAUGACCUACCAAAUGCCCUCUACAGAUUCGCCUUCGAAGGUAUUUCUUACAUAUUGUUUGAGACUCGGAUCGGCUGCUUGGAGAAACAGAUACCCUCGGAAACCCAGAAGUUCAUUGACUCCAUUGGCAGUAUGAUGAAGAAUCACGUCAUUGCUUCUAUUUUGCCAGAGUGGACCAACAGAGUACUGCCAUUUUUUAAACGCUAUAUAGAAAGCUGGGACAACAUCUUCUCAUUUGGGAAAAAGUUGAUCGACCAAAAGAUGGAGAAGAUCCAGGAGCGUUUGGAGCGCGGUGAAGAAGUACAGGGUGAAUACCUGACGUAUUUACUCUCCAGUGGCCAACUAACAGACAAAGAGGUGUAUGGCAGUGUGGCAGAGUUGCUAUUGGCCGGAGUAGACACGACUUCCAACACACUGUCCUGGGCUCUGUAUCAUCUGUCAAAAAACCCAGAGAUACAGGAUGAGCUUUAUAAAGAGGUGACAGGGGUCAUCCCUGGAGAAACUAUACCCACUGCGCAGGACAUCUCCAAAAUGCCACUGCUGAGGGCUGUAAUUAAAGAAACGCUCAGGAUGUACCCAGUUAUACCAACGAAUUCCAGAGUUGCGGUUGAGAAAGCGAUAAAUAUAGGAGAUUAUAACUUCCCAAAAGGUACCCUUUUCGCUCUCUGUCACUACGUCAUAGCUCGAGGAGAGGACAAUUUUCCUGAACCGAAUAAAUUUCUCCCUCAUCGCUGGUUCCGUGAACAGCGGGUAAAGAAUAACCCUUUCAGUUCAAUCCCUUUUGGCUAUGGCGUCCGAGCCUGCGUAGGACGGCGGAUAGCAGAGCUAGAAAUGCACUUGGCAUUAUCUCGGAUAAUGCAGAAGUACGAGGUUAAGCCGGAUCCCAAUGGUGGAGAGAUUAAAGCUAUGGCAAGGAUUGUUCUGGCCCCUCACAAACCUAUAAACUUGAAAUUUCUGAAAAGGGACUCUUUGUCUUUGCAAUCUGCUUGACCAUCAUUUACAAUUCCAAUCGAGGUUUCAUCACACAGAACUGGAGUCAAUGUCUGAGCGUGGAUUUCACAAUUCCCUUAAACACCCAGCCCUUGAUAUUACUUCAAUAUCUCAACUUCAUCAUCAAAAAGUUAAUUCACGUUUGCCGUUAGUAAUAAAUGAAUGCCAUGAUUUUUAUUAAAAUACAAUCAUUUUA